AUGCAAACACAGAGGCUGCCUGGUGCUGUACAUGAUUUUCAACACAACACCCGAGACAAAUGGCUCCAAGUGCGCAUACAGAGACCAGCUGAAGCAGAACCAGCUGGCAGUCUUCAUGAGGGUGAUAUUUUUGUAUACAAUACAAAUAUAUUUCCUUUACAUGAUUUUAUUUUGAAUAGGUUCAAGGAUUCCGUACCUGGAAAAGAACUGUUUUACCACGGUACCACCAGAGACUCAGCAAUAAGUAUAAUAGAAAGAGGAAUCGAUGUAACAAUGUCAAAGCGACCUGUUGAUUUCUCAUAUGGCAAAGGGUUUUAUGUUACUGACAACUAUGGAAAAGCUGUUGAGUGGAGUCAAAGAAAAGGGGAGUUCGAUGGUAGCAAACCAGCUAUUAUAGUUUUCAAAAUCGACAGUAACAAUCGCAGACAUGAGACACACUUGUCUUUGAACGUGGACAACGUAACAAAUCGGAAGUUUUGGGAAUGUGUCGUUUCUCAUUUCCGGCACAAAGAGACAUCUCCAGAUAUCGCACGUAUACUGAGGGACGUGAAGUAUAUCGAGGGCCCUGUUUCUAUAAAUACCAGUCUAGAAGAAGAGGAGAUCCCUACUCCUUCGGAAUUUGGGAGGUUUCGUCAGUUGUGCAUCUGUAACCAGGGUUACGCCAAAAGCUUCGGGAGCCUUGCAAAUAUCAUGUGUGUUAUAUUUAUUGUUGACUCAUAA